CGCCCCCCGGAUUGUGGGGGUAGUCGCUAUUCUGUGGGCAUCCUAUAAUCCUUGUCCAAUUUCGUCAAGUUGCUCAAGCUCUAGCCAAGCCUUCAUCAGAAAAAAAGAACGAGAAAAAAAGCAAAACAAGCGCAAAUGUGCAUGGGCUCAAUUUAGGCUUUUCACGCCCUGCACAUAGGAACAAACUCUGUAUACGUCUCAGCAGAUUGCACCACAAGCGUUGGAGCCAUCAGCAGGCUAAUGCCUAGGCCUGUUUAAAAGAAAGGGGUAACAUGCUGGAGGAUGUCAGGGCCCAGGCCUCAAAAGUCCCAGCAGGCUUUGCUACUUCUACUUGCACACAGCAAGCAAGACGUCGGGGCAGGGUACAGGAACCUUCUCAAAGGGAACUUGCAGAAGCUGCUGCGUACAAAGUGUACGUGGCCCUGGAUAUUACAUCUGCUGGUGCGUUUAUACUAGGUGGUCUUGAUGCAUAGCGUGAGCUUUCCGGCACCUACCGAAUACUGCUGGUCCUGGCAGUAUUACUGUGCAGUGGCACUCCAUAUUCUAUGCCGGGAUGUGCGAUCGAGGGCUCCGUAACACUAGCAGCAUUACUACUGCCGCUGCCGUUGAGCCUCUAAUACCUACACAAAG